CACUGCGGGCAAUACUACUGCUUCUAUCAGAGUGGGGAGCUCUGGUCAGAGCCCAGUGACUUCCUGGAUCUCGUAGUAACAGGCAUGUACGACACGCCCACCCUCUCGGUUCACCCCGCGCCCACCGUGACCUCGGGAGACAAUGUGACCUUCUAUUGCCGUCUAGGGACGGCAACCAGCCUGUUCUUUCUGCUCAAGGAGGGAAGAGUCAGCCACAUAGAACACAGGCUCGGGAACACCCAGGCGCAGUUCCCCGUGGGCCCCGUGACCAGGGCCCACCAAGGGACAUACAGAUGCUUCGGCUCUUACAACAACUACGCGUGGUCCUUUCCCAGUGAGCCCGUGAGGCUCCUGGUCACAGGAGACGUUGGGAACACCACCCUUGCGCCUACAGACCCCACCUCUUCCGACUCUUGGGACCCCUACCUUUUAACCACAGAGACAGGAUUCCGGGGAGAUGUUGCCCUGUGGGCUCAUACCACACAAAAUCCCCUUGCGAUUGGCCUGUCCUUCCUGGUCCUGGUGGCUCUCGUGUGUUUCCUGGUGGAAGACUGGCUCAGCAGGAAGAGGACCCGAGAGGGAACAACAGCUUCACGUGGGAAGUGCAGGAGAAGGCUGAGAGCACAACCCUGAAGAAUGACCAAGAGCCUCAGUGGCCACAGGAUGCCAUUCAAAAUAAUUAACAACCAAUGUAGAACAGGCAGGCAGCAAGUGGUUCAGGAGGCUUCGUGGCAACGACAAUGAGGAAGCAGCUGUUCACAGGCAGUGCAGCCACCUACACGUGUCCUGGCUGGAUCCAACCAUGCCCCAACUCCCUUCCCUCUGUCCCCAACUCCCUCUGCCCCAACUCCCUCUGUCCCCAACUCCCUCUG